AUCGUGCUGGCGGAUAUACUUGAGCCCGCGUAGAGGCGGCGGCCCCUCAACUGGGCAACCCUUAACGUACUCCAACACCCUUCUCACCAUUUGCCGCUUUCUUCCUCUCUGUAUGAUGGCAGCCGAUGUCUCCAUUUCUAUGAGUUUUCUCCUCUCUGUCGUCGAAGUCUAAAAAUGUCCAGGAAUCGGGUGGGGGAAUCUGUAUGAUUGGAAGAACUGACGUUGGAUUUUGUGAGUGAAGUAAGAGGCGAAAGACCGCUAGUUUCUGGUUUUACUACUGAUUCGGAUCGAAAUUUUGGGUGGACUUCUUGUUCCGAGAAUGUUGCGGUUGAGUCGUAUUGAUGGAGGAUUGUAUGCGGCUUUUGUCUGUAUCCUUCUCUAUGUUCUCGUGGAAUUGGCGGAUGGGAAUGUGGUCUUAAUUGGCAGGAAUCUGUCGAGAUCUUUUAAUGACAUUGAGGCUAAUUUCGCUCCGGCUGUAAGAGGAUCUGGUGAAAGUGGGGUCAUAUUCACAGCUGAGCCUCUUGAUGGAUGUACUCCAUUGACCAAUAAAUUGGUCAAUGAUUCAAGAUCUUCAUUUGCUCUAAUCAUAAGAGGAGAAUGUCAGUUUGAUGAAAAAGUUAGAAACGCACAAAAUGCUGGAUUUAAAGCUGCUGUUGUCUACAAUGAUCAAGAUCAUGGUCAAUUGGUUGCAAUGGCAGGAACUCCUGAUGGCAUCAAUAUACCAGCUGUGUUUAUCUCUAAAGCAUCUGGCGAGGUACUUAGGAAAUAUGCAGGUCGUACAGACAUGGAGUUGUGGAUCAUACCAAGCUUUGAGACUUCAGCAUGGUCUAUUAUGGCGAUCUCCUUCAUAUCUUUACUUGCCAUGUCAGCUAUGCUGGUUACAUGUUUCUUUGUGCGUAGACAUGUUAGACGUGAACAACCUAGAGCUUCUCAAAUCCGGGGUUUCCAUGGGAUGAGCCGGCGUCUAGUGAAAGCAAUGCCAAGUCAGAUAUUCAUGUCGGUGUUCGAAGACAGUUGCACUUCACAAACAUGUGCUAUUUGCCUAGAAGACUACAAUGUUGGGGAGAAGCUUCGUGUGCUGCCUUGUCAUCACAAGUUUCAUGCUGUUUGUGUUGAUUCCUGGCUCACUACAUGGAGAACUUUUUGCCCUGUAUGCAAGCAAGAUGCAAAGUCAAGCGCAGCCCAUCCUCCAGCCUCUGAGUCUACUCCAUUACUUUCUCCGAUCUCUGCAUAUCUCUCUUCUUCUGCUGGAUCUUUAGCAGCAUCUCCACCUAUAUCAAUAGUUUCCUUGCCACCUCAGACACCAUCAGCUUCCUUCACUCAUUCAUGUUCCAGUACUUGUAUUGUUAACCUGCAUAAGUCCCGUAACAACUCACCAAUAGGCAAUACCUCUUCAGAUCUUCGAAAUGGAUCAUCUCGCAGAUCUCAAACCUCACAUAAUCUCUCUGUGCAUUUGCUGGGCUUUCCUUUGUCUUCGCCUUUCCAGUCACAAUUCAUAUCUUAUAUUCCUAGCUCCAGCAACUCAUCCCCUAGUUAUCUUGUUCGUUCAUCCAGUAUGCAGCCAUACCUGCAGCAUUAUGAAUCAGAAGCAAGCCUCUCUGCGUUAGCUUCCACGCAAUCUUUGCCGGGAUGUUGAUUCACCUCAAUUGCCUCAAAAGUGUUAUCUUCUGCUGGCUCUAGCUCCCAUUUUUCAGCUUAUGAUAUACAAUCCAUGUUUGAGAGGGCAGAUCCAUAGCAAGAGUUGCAGUGAGACGGAUGAGGGUCUAUGUUAUAUCAUGCAGCUAUUUGGUUUUGGAACCCUGUGGUGAUCUUGAUUUUAGAGUGAUUGUAUGCAUGACAAAUGAAUGAAAUGCUUUGACCAGACACUUUUUGGAAAAGUUUAUGAGGUUGCAAUUGAUUUGGAUGCAAGGUGUCAUGUUCGACUAAAGAGGAAUGAUCUGAAUUUUGGAUUAAUUGUGAAACUUGAGUUGCUCUAUGGUCAUCAUCUGGAGCUCGCUGGAACUUUCUUGUUUGUUCAUUGUGCUGUUUUUGCAUGAAUUUUCUUUGCUUGGUGAAUAGAAAACAAAUGGAUUGAGCUAAGCAUUUAUUUUUUUCCAAACCUUAUUUUUCAAGGAACUCUUAGCAACGGCAGUUAAAAAGCACUUCAUUUGCUGCUGAUUCUACAUUUAGGUCAAUGCUUGUGAAACAGUUGUACGUAUGCAUCUGUUAUAAUUGCCGUUUUCAUGGUAAAAGAUCCCAUUAUGCCAGACGAGAUGUGAUGGAGUUUGAAUUUUGAGAUCACCAAUCAAAUCAUCGACAGAGAAUUCUGUAUUGACUUAGUUCAAGAAUAUUUGCACAUCUUUAGUAUGUUCUAUAUAUAAUUUGGGGUUGGAAAUGGUGGCAUGACAGGAGUAGCAUGUUUAUGUCGAGUAUUUCUUUGACUGCACCAAUCCCUAGCAAUUCAUGAACCUGUCACUGUAGCCCUAUUUAUUCUUGGAUAAAUUGAAAGAUCAAUCAGCCUGUUUUGACAUACUGCACCAUUGUCAAAUUAGUUUGAGCCAUGGGUCGUGAUGUUGAAGUUUCAGCUGAAUGAUGCCUAAAACUAAUUUCUGGCUGGCUGGUGGACUGUUGAUGAUAAGUGCGAGCCAAGCCAAUAUCACCUCUUCUCUUUGCCACCAUGGCCUUCUGUGGAUCAGAUCAUCAAACUGUUCUUGUUGCAUCCUCUCAAUAUUCUGGUGAGGAUUUGUGUGAAACAAUAAUUAUUUUGAGUAACAUUUUGGCAGGUAAAGUUUGGAAUAUUGUAUUUUUGUUACAUCACCAUUAAGCUUACAAGCAGAUUACUUUGACUGUAAA